AAGUGACAGUCUUACAGAAAGUUAAAAGUAUAUAGUUUCUUCAUCCCAGAGUCUCCCCAUAGUCUGUAGUAUCCUCAAGAAAGCCAAUCCCACACUGAGGCUAGGAACAAAAACCUUGCAGGGCCAUUUAUACCUCAAGAUGAGUUACAAUUUUUUCUGCCUUUAAGGGAGAGAUAGUGGGGACUCCCAUAGUGGUGCCAGCUUUCAUGAGGACAAAGGCAUCUUUAGGUUCUCUUAUCUCUUUUAUCUUUCUUAUUUUUGGAUAGUAAUCUACUUGCUUUGCUUCCAUCUUCUGUGUAGCACAUCAAAUUCUGUGUAGCAGAAGAAAAUUAUCCUAGAAGACAUGCUCUUGAUUCUUCCCUUCCAUCAUAGAAAUAUUUGUACAAUGAUCUCAGGAUUCUUAUCUACAAGGUUUUCUGUAUAUCCAAAUUACCUGUUGUCUCAGCUCAUUAAUGUAGAGAAGAGAGGUGAAUCACUUAGAAUUCCUUGUAGUCUUUAGAAUAUUUUCUUUAGGAGAGAGGUUGAAAAAAAUUCAUCAAGUCUUUUGCUGUCAUAAAUUAAUGUAACUUCAAUGAGAGCCUCAUAUUGAUGUUUCUUAUCUUUUUUAGCUGAGUAGCACUAAACUUUUAUUUUGUAUUAAUGCAGGAAGAUAUCAAAUCACUUACUGCCCAUAUCGUUGAAAACUUUUAUAAAGCACUUGAAUCUAUUGAAUAUGUUCAAACAUUCAAAGGCUUGAAGACAAAAUAUGAGCAAGAGAAAGACAGACAGAGCCAGAAACUGAACAGUGUCCCCUCUAUACUACGUAGCAAUAGGUUUCGUAGAGAUGCCAGAACUUUGGAGGAAGAUGAAGAAAUGUGGUUCAAUGAAGAUGAGGAGGAAGAAGGUGAAGCUAUUGUACCACCUGUAGAGAAAUCCAAGUCUGAGGAUGAUUUUCCAGAAAGUUAUGAGAAGUUUAUGGAAACAAAAAAAGCAAAAGAAAGUGAAGACAAAGAAAAUCUCCCGAAAAGGACUUCAACAGGUGGCUUCAAAUUUACAUUUUCCCACUCUGCCAGUGCAACUAAUGGAGCAAAUAGUACAAACAGUAAAUCUGUUGCAGCUCAGACACCACCAGCAAGUUCAAAUGGUUCUUCUUCCAAGAAUGCCAGUUUGACUGCAGCAGUCACAGCCACAAAGGGAAGUUUAGUUGGCCUUGUGGAUUAUCCAGAUGAUGAAGAGGAAGAUGAAGAAGAAGAAACAUCCCCAAGAAAAAGACCUCGUCUUGGCUCUUAAAAAUGUUGAAACAAACUCUGAUUGAGGGUGCUUAAAUGCUGUGACUGAACUAAAUAGUCUGACUCGGAAAGCGUUCUCCCUGGAAAAUACACGAGAAUACAAGGAGUAGCAAAAGAAAAUCUACUAGAAAGGUUAUGUUCUGAGAACAUCAGGCUUCCAAAGAACCUAAUCUCUUUCUAGUCAAGGAGUCUGCCAUUCAGACUGUUAAAAUAUUAAAACGAAACAGUGGAUUAGUAAUCAGCACCUGGAAUGACAGCUUGCCAGAAAAAAAAUGUCAUCUUGGGUUCUGUGAGGGGAUGGGGAUGGGAGAAGUAACAUUUUGAUAUUGCAGAGUUUCCCCAGUUUGUAUCAAGCUAGAAGAAACUUGUAAGGCUUCAGUUGCAAACCUAGUAAUAUAACUUUGUAAUGGUGCUGUCCAUUGUGUUUUUUUAGCAAUUGCCUCUUUUAAAUAAUGAAUUCUCUUUCCAUUAAAAAAAAUCAGAAAUUGGGGACCACUAUUUGCACAGUCAGCCAAAUUAUAGAGGGUUGCACCCUGCUACGUAGUGCAUGUUGAGUGGCAAACUAUUUUUUUCCCAACUCCAUUAUUUUGGAAGGAAAAAAAAGAACCUGGGUUCUAAAUGUAAGCUGACAAGAAGAUAUCCAGGAAAACCAAUAUAUAGAUGAUCAGCUUUCCAGGAAAUAAAACCCUCUAGAAACCAUCAAUAAACCUUGGUACUUGAAAUGACAAUUGAAUUGCAAUUACUAGUAGCAUUUUACAGAAAUAAAGUUGAAUGGAAUUGCUCCCUGCUAAUUUCCAAAAAGGUUUUCCUUGAGCUUUCCGCAUUUCACAUUAGCAAAAGCAGGAGAUGCUGUGAAAUGCUACCAGAAACUUUUGAAUCUUACUGCAUCAAGGAUAUAUGUGAUCUGAGGGGCAGAGUUAAUAUGCAGCACUAUAAACCUAGGGGGUUUAGCAUAAAGGCUGCUUCUUAACACAUUCCAUGUAUUUAAGCAAAUUUCUAAAAGUACAUUAGGUGAAUUGAUGAAGGCAAACAUUUUUGACACCUUUUUACUUUCAGAGCAACUGAACUGUAAAUAUUUUAAUGUUAGUUUGGCCAUAUAUGAUCUGAGAUCAUGCACACACACAAAAAAAAUCCCUAAAUUACAAAUUGUGGUAAGAGUGAUGCAAAUUGAAACCAGCAGUAAUCCUCCAUUAUUAGUCACUCUUACAAUAUGUUAUGGGUCCAUUUCUCCUGGAAAUUUCAUAGUUAGUUUUAAUUUUAGCUAUUGUUUGCAAAGAUGGGCUGUCUGUGUAGAUAUGAAGUAUAGUUUUUCCAUGAAACAGAAGUUUAUUUUGUAUUGAGAAAAAAAAACCACUGUACUUGUUUUACACCAUUUGUAUACAUGUGGUAAUACUAAUGCUGACCUGUAAAAUUCAGGAAUUAAAAUGUGACCCUGUAAUUCCAUGA